AUGUCCGACCUCCCACCGAGAGGUCGGGGCGCGAGGCCCCCCGGGGCGGUUCCUAGGAGCCGUCGUGGGGGGGACUCGGGCUCCGCACCACCAGCUAUACCACCAUCGGUCGCUGGCUCAUCGUCUUUUGGUGGUGAUGCCUUGCCAAUCUCGCCAGACCCUACCUCGACUAGGGCCACAUACUCGACGGUCGUGCCAGCUCGAUCUCGCCACACGUCACCCCGCCGCAGGUCCCGUUCCACCACGGGUUCCGCCCAUUCGUCCGCAGAUGAGUCUGACUCAGGGACGGCCCACCCCCAGGAGAUGGAGGUAGAGGGCACUCAGGGAGGGGAGGAGGUCUCGAGGGACCCCUCAGUCGACCUACUCUUAGGUCAAUACGCCUUGAAGUUCCGAGACACCGUCGAGGAUCUUCCUGGCGAUCUCGAGGUAUUGACCACAUCCAUUGCGAAGGCCACAGACUGGGUUCUGCACCACAAUCCGCUCACCAUCGAUGGGGGUGAUGCCUUCGUGGCCCAGAUGACGUCCUUUGUGAACGCCGUCAUGGCCACUGACUUUAGUCGUAUUCGCGGACCAGGCGAACUCGACAACUUCUCACUCGCCUCUCUCCUUGAGGCCGAGACGUCUUCUAAGGACGAGCCAACCAUCCAUCCGGCUCCCGUAUUCAGGCCUCCUCCUCCUGCUGCCCGUGGGCCGCUCGACGAGGGUGUCGCUGGCGUAGGGGCCCCGCCCGACGUCCUCAUGCAGGCUUUGGACGACCUUGGUCGUCCGGCCUCCCCUCCUCGCAUCCCCGCUUCUAAGAAGCGUAAGGGUGUUGAUCGUCCGGUCCCACCUCCUCCUCAGAAGAAGAGUAAGGGCCCCACCCGGAAGCAGGUUCUCGUGUCAUUUGGGGGUACCCCCCCUGACCUCACGAAAUUCUUCACCGAGUCAGCUGUUCGUGCAGCCAAUGGGUACCUCAGGGAUGGUCAAUCUAUGCUAAAGGUCACCUCCAUCGUCCGCGCCUACGACGGUUUGUCGUUAGUCACCCCCGCCAUUGCCAGCCCGUCUGAUCUGGACGUACUGCGCAAUUUCAUCCGCGAAAGCCUCCCAACGGGUACCCCGUUCGAGGUUGCGCUCCCAUCAUCGACGUCUUUCAUAAAGAUCCUCGACGUUCCCUACUUCGAUCUGAAAGGGUUGAAGAUCACCCAGGAGGCACUUGAAAAGGCCCUCCGUACCUCGGUUCAUGCUGAGGUUUUCGCAUAUCUGAGCACCAAGCCUCGGAUCGACCGCAACUCGGCGCACUCGACAUCGUGCACCGUCUACUGCAACAUCUGGGACUCCCAGCAGGGAACCCGCGCCAAGAAGGCCUUAGGCCAACCGAUCUUCCUUGCUGGACAGUCCUGCGCAAUCAGGCCCGCCGCACGACACACCGGGGUCCCGCUCUGCCAGCGCUGCUGGAAGUGA